UACUUUCUUAAUUAGAUGAACUGAUCUUCAGCUCCAAUCUACAAUCACUUAGAAUAAAAUGGAGUGCUCAUAUUACCAAAUGUUGCUAGUGUUUGCAGCUGUAAUACUCGCAGUGCAAGGCCACUCUUCCGCUACUACAAAGCGUUUCAACUUCAAUGUGGAAUGGAAGAGCGUAACGAGGCUUUGCCAUACGAAGCCGGUUCUAACAGUGAAUGGAAAAUAUCCGGGGCCGACUAUUGCUGUGAAUGAAGGCGAUAACGUUCAAGUUACAGUCACUAACAAGGUUGCCACAAAUACUACCAUACAUUGGCAUGGAGUGAGGCAGCUAAGAACAGGUUGGGCAGAUGGGCCAGCAUACAUAACACAAUGCCCUAUAGGCAAAGGAAAAACUUACACAUACAACUUCACCGUUUCCGGUCAGAGGGGAACCCUCUGGUGGCACGCGCAUUUUUCAUGGCAACGUGCUUCUGUUUAUGGCGCCUUCGUCAUCCACCCUCGCCUCCCCUACCCUUUCCCCUUCGCGCCUUCUCCAGUCGUUGAAGCGCCUCCAAUUAUCUUCGGUGAAUGGUGGAACGCGGAUGUUGACGCCGUAGAAAGUGAGAUGAGUCGGUAUGGCGGCGGACCUAAUUCCUCCGAUGCCUACACCAUCAAUGGCUUGCCUGGUCCCUUGUACCCCUGUUCCAUUAAAGACACAUUCAUCCAGAAUGUGGAGCGAGGCAAGACCUACAUGCUAAGGAUCAUCAACGCGGCCCUAAACGACGAGCUCUUCUUUGCGGUAGCCAACCACACCCUAACCGUGGUUGAGAUCGACGCAGUCUACACCAAGCCCUUCACAACCUCCGCCAUCAUGAUCACCCCGGGCCAAACAACCACCCUCCUCCUCACAGCCGACAAAUCCACCGGCGCCUUCGUCAUGGCAGCCCGGCCUUACCUCACCUCCGUCUUCCCCUUCAACAACUCCACCACAAUCGGAUACCUUAAAUACACAACCACACCCAAACUCAAACCACAACCAACCAUCCCAACAAACCUCCCUGCAAUGGAAGACACUCUCUUUGCCACCCGCUUCACCAACCGCCUACGCAGCCUCGCCAGCGCAGACUACCCCUGCAACGUGCCGAAAACGAUCGAUAAAAGAGUCAUCACCACCAUCAGCUUAAACCUCCAAGACUGCCCCCAAAACAAAACCUGCAAAGGCUACUUAAACAAACAAUUCUUCGCCUCCAUGAACAACCAGUCCUUCUCCCGCCCCUCCACCUCCAUACUCCAAUCCCACUACCUCAACAUCAACGGCCAAUACACAACGAACUUCCCCGAUCGCCCUCCCCACGAGUACAACUACACGGGCGUCGACUCUGUUUCCGAGAACAUGAACACGGAGUUCGGGACGAGGGUGCUGCAGGUGGAGUUCGGGACGAGGCUGGAGAUUGUGUUUCAGGAUACGAACUUGCUGAAUCCGGAGAACCACCCGAUACAUGUGCACGGGCAUAACUUCUUCAUCGUGGGGCAGGGGUUUGGGAACUUUGAGGCGGAGAGGGAUGUUUUGGGGUAUAAUUUGGUGGACCCGCCGGAGAGGAACACGGUGGGGGUGCCGGUGGGGGGGUGGGCGGCGAUCAGGAUCAACGCGGAUAAUCCGGGAGUGUGGUUCAUUCAUUGCCAUCUUGAGGAGCACACGUCGUGGGGGCUGGCUAUGGGAUUUAUUGUCAAGAGUGGGAAAGAGCCUACGCAGUGUUUGCUUCCUCCUCCGAGUGAUUUGCCUGUGUGUUGAGUUUUUUUUUUUAC